CAGUAACCAUAAGGAUAAAUCCGUCAAUUUGUAAAGCGUCUUUAACAGAUCACCGUCGCCGGUGGCCGGAAGCAAACAGAGAGACAGAAAUGGAGGAAGCAGGCCGCAGCGAUCAUCUGAAGCCGGAAACGAUCACGGUGAAUGUGAAAUUCCGCGGAAGCUCGAUCCCGGUGGAUAUCUCCGCCGACGCGACGGUCAAAGAACUCAAAUAUCUCCUUCAGCCGCUCACCAAUGUCCUCCCGCGCGGCCAAAAACUCAUCUCUAAAGGGAAACUUCUAGUAGAUGAAAUGACACUUAGGUCCUCCGAGGUUUUCCAUGACUCCAAGAUCAUGCUCAUGGCCUCCCAAGGUCUACACCAAGGGGACGGGCCGAUUACAAAAGGAACUGUGGCAUCAUCAACUGCAAGAAGACAGCCUGAACCUUUGAAGUCUGAGCUUCGUGUUGAAAAGAGUCAGAUUGAACGAUGGAAGGCUACUGGGGUAUUGGCAUUAUCUGAGUGCAAUCUGAGGGCUAUACCUGAUGAAGUAUGGGUCUGUGGACCUUCUGCUAGAGUUCUUGAUCUGAAUAAUAACUCUGUAAAAGAAAUUCCUGCCAGAAUUAGUCAUUUCAGUUCUCUUCAGAAACUGCUGCUUAAUGGAAAUGGCAUUGAAGACAGUUUUUUAAGCUGGGAAGGGAUAGAGUCUUUGAAGUCUUUGUUAGUUCUAUCUUUGAAUGAGAACCAAUUAACAAUUCUACCUUCCAACAUCGGUGCAUUGAAAAGCCUGAAGCAACUUCAUAUUGCAAACAAUAAGUUGACUUUUCUCCCAACUGAGAUUGGCUUGUUAACUGCACUUGAGGUUUUGAAGGCCAACAAUAACAGCUUAAAUGCCAUUCCGACUAGCAUAUGUGGAUGUGCUUCUCUUGUUGAGGUUGAUCUUUCAUCUAAUCUUCUGUCUGAACUGCCUGAUACCCUUGGCAGGCUAAAGGAUAUGAAGGCAUUGCACCUCAGGAACAAUGGGCUUACGUCUCUGCCUAGUACUAUAUUCACACUCUGUACUCAACUCUCGACGCUGGAUCUUCAUGGCACUGAAAUAACAAUCGAUUAUCUCCGUCAGUUAGAAGGAUGGAAUGAUUUUGAUGAGAGACGGCAGCUGAAGCAUCAAAAGCAACUGGAUUUCAGAGUGAGCAGCUCGGGCGAAUUUGAUGAAGGUGCUGAUAAAAACUAAAGGAAAGAAGAAAAAAAUGCCAGAAAUUCUUUGAUGUUUUCCCCAUUUCUGUUAUGAAGGAUUUGCAGAUGAUAUAACUACCAAAUGGAAAUCAAAACAUGUGAUUGCUGCUUUUCCUUCAACAAUGUUUAGAUAAUCGUUUUAAGGCUAAAAUGCAUUACCAAAAGAAGAAGUGAUCCAAACGGAUUGCUUAGAGGAUUGAGUAAAAUUGAAAUCAUACAAGUAGAUCACAUAGUCUUUUGUUUUAGUCUUCUACAAUAAAAUAAAUUGAAUUCACAAUA